AGGUCAUUGAGACCACGAACAGAUUACUGAUCCAGAUGAGCGUCAGAUUCACGAAGAUCCACGAAUUAAGAUGAAUCUUGAUUCGUGAUCUGGUAAAUCUGAGAACUGGAGUCUUCCAGGAAGCCACACACUGUAAGACAGAGUUCAACGAUCAUCGUUAUGUUUAGUAAAGAGCUCAGCAGCUUCACCGCUUCAGUCUGAGACUAAUGAUGUGAGGAUGAGCUACAGACACAUUAACACGGAAGUUCUCACCUCCAUCCACUUCGAGCAGAGACGCUCUGCAGACGUUAGUCCUGAUCUUCUCUCAGCUCCACAUGUCGAUCAGACUGACUCGCUCCGAGUUUCAGCUCCACUCAGACCUGCAGGAUGAGGACUGUUUAUCUGGGAAUGCUGCUCUUAUUCCAACGCGCUGUUUCCUCCUUAACGGAGUUCAGCGUUAAUGGAGAGAUCAGGAACUUUGCUGUUGGAAACGGGAAAGUGUUCGUCGUCACCGACUCUCAGCUCCUCCAGAUGAGGCUCGAUCUAGCAGAGGAAAAACACAAGGACAUACAGAACCACAGACACCAGAACCGAGUUAAUAUUUUACUGCCUUUCGACGCGAAUAAGACCCUGAUAACCUGCGGAACCUCUGACUGUGGAUACUGUGAACUCCUGGACAUCAAUGACAUCAGCAGAAGUUUCUACAGGGAGGAUGUUACAGUUUCACCAUCUUUUAAUAAAUCAUCUGUUUCUUUUCUUGUAGAUUUUGAUGAAGGAACAGAGAAAUACAUGCUGGUUGCCAGAGAAAAGGUUCCUGAUGACUGUGGCUCUGAUGAAGGAGUUUCUCUGCGGAACACUCUGGAAUCUCAACAAGGAGGAAUUUUCUCUAAAGCAGGCAUUAAUCCAGCUGAAGCCAGCAUUUCUCCACAGAGUGAUGCUGAGUGGAUUGACGGCUUCCAAUCAUCUUCUCCCUCUUACUCGUACCUGCUGGUGAAUGUUAAGUCUAGAACAGGUCCAGCUGUGGUGGUCUUAAGGAUGAAGAAUGGCCGCAGUAAAAUUGAAAUGACCAGAUCUCUAGAAGGUGCAGUGCUACAGUGCUGUGAUGAUAAAGAGCGUAAAAAGCUCUUGUCCUCCUCUGUAGUUCUCUCCUCUGGAUCUCCUCUUCUCUGGGCUGGAAUAUUCACUGCAGAAGAACCGAACGACCCCCAGAAAACUGCUUUGGCCAUUUACAACCUCAGUCAGAUCAGAGACCGAGUACCUUCAUAUUUCAGCUGUAAACCAACGUGCAGAGCUCAGAAAGGAGAAGAUGUUCUGAGGCCUCAUGCUGUGGUGCUCAAACACAGUUCAAUGUCAUCUGUAGCAGCAGAAAAGAAAGGAUCCUGGAUUGAGCUCUACAUUGGAACUGCUACUGGACAACUGAUGAAGAUUGUGCUGGACAAGGCUUUGAAUUCUGGCUGUGUGACAGUUCUGUACAAAUCUGAUGAUGACAGGAUGGUGUUUCCCAGAAUGCACUUUGAUCCAGUGGGUCAUAAAUACAUCUACAUAGCUUUGAGAAAUCAGAUCCGGCGAGUAGCAGUGACUCAGUGUGGUAUGUACAGCACUUUGAGAGACUGCAGAGCUUCUCAGGAUCCGUCCUGUGGCUGGUGUCUGAAUACAAGCAAAUGCUUGACUAAAGAUGAGUGUUCAGCCUCUCCUUGGAUCUCCAUUCCUGAAGAUUAUUUUCAGAAAGAGCUGAUUUCUUUUCAAGUGACUGAACUCUCCACUGAGGUCACUUUGAAUCUCUCCUUGAAUGUGGCAGGAAAGUCUCCCUUAACAUGUACUUUCAUGGAUGAACAUGUAAAUCUAUGUAGCAGCAGUUCUGGAGUUUUCCCCAGCUGCUCCUGCAGAUUCUCCAGCCAGCUCCUGCCAGUUAAUGUCACAGCGAAUGUCACUAUUGGAGAUCAGCAAAUCACAGAGAGACUGAAACUGAGGAGCUGCCCAGACGUCACAGAGACAUCACCAUAUGCUAAGUGUGUAGCAUGUGUCUCAGCUGGGUGUCAUUGGUCCAGCAGUAGUAAUCAGUGCAGCUGGGCUCACGGCUCUGCUUCACAGGUGGCAGUGAUGGACAAGUGUGAAGGAUUAUAUUCUGAGAGUAAUGCACCAGAGAUUUUCUCCCUGGAGCCUAAUCAGGUCUCCUUUCAUGGCAAAAAACAUGCAGUGCUGAAAGGAAGAAAUCUGGAACUGGUAGAGAAAAUCCGCUUUCAUGGAGUCAUGGAGUGCACUUCAAAGGAGACUCCAGUGCUGGAGCGCUCCACUGACACUCUGAAGUUCAGCGUUCCGAGUGGAAAUAAAGGAACUGUGAGGGUGUGUGUGGUGACAGCAGACGGCCGUUGUCAUAGUAACGCCAAAAUCACUUAUGGUGCUCAGCCCACCUGCACUGGACUGCAGCCUAGAAACACCUGGGCCAGUGGUAAGAGGAAGAUCACUGUCUUGGGGAACAAUCUGGAGUUUGUGGAUGAAGUUGUUGUUCAUCCAUAUGACAAACCAAUCACCCUCAACUCAAACAAGACCUUUUGGUUCCACACUCAUGCUCUGAGAGAAUACAUGGACUCUGGGCCGUUCAAUGUCUCUCUUAUAGUGGGGAACUCAACAGUGGACUGUGUAGAUGAACUGUCUUACCUCCCAGAUCCAGAAUUCACCAGCUUCUCCACCUCUAAAGUGGACAAUGAUGUGCAGGUCACCAUACAGAAAAAAGACGACAAUCUCACUAUGAGUAACGAAGAUGUGAAAGUGUGGGGGCAGCAGGAAGAGGAGCAGUCUGAGUGUGUGAUUGAUACAGUUAUGUCCACAGCUCUUACCUGUAGAAUUGUGGGGAACAAGAAUCUUGAAAUCAGAGUGGACUCAAUCAAGAUCAUAUUUGGCAAUUUAACAAAAGCUAUAGAAAUACAAGAGAUGCCAUCGAAUAAUACAAAAUAUGCGUAUACAGUUGUCGCAUUAAUUGUUUUGAUUCUUCUUGGUGCUCUUGUUGGAGUAUUCAUCCAUCGUAAGAGCAGACAGCAGAUGAGUGCACAAAUGAAUGAGCGCCUGGAGCUCCUUGAGAGUGAAAUUAGAAAUGAGAUCAGACAAGGGUUUGUUGAUUUACAGACUGAGAAAUCAGACCUGACUGAAAAUGUUGGAGCCAUUCCUUUCCUGGACUACAAGCAUUUUGCUUUGAAAAUAUUUUUUCCUGAGGGUGGGCCUUUAGCAAGCUUGAUGAUCAAAGACAUUGGCCAGGAUGCAAUGAAAAUAGAAGUGGAUGAGAAAUGCCAGGCUCUUUCUGCGCUGAUCCGAGAUCAGAUGUUCCUCACCUGUUUCAUCCAUGCUCUCGAAGAGCAGAAAACCUUCAGCAUAAAGGACAAGUGUGUGGUGGCAUCUCUGUUGACUGUAGCCCUACACGAUAACCUCCCAUAUCUGACUGAGCUAAUGGAAGACCUGCUCCAAACUCUGAUGGAUCUGCCCAGCAAUGCUCAGCCCAAACUUCUGCUGCGCCGUACAGAGUCCAUUGUGGAAAAAGUACUCACCAACUGGAUGUCCAUCUGCCUCUAUGGCUUUCUCAGGGAGUCAGUUGGGCAGCCUCUGUUCCUGCUGGUGUCUGCUCUGACCCAACAGAUUUCUAAAGGGCCGGUGGAUGCUGUGACAGAGAAAGCUUUGUAUACUCUAAAUGAAGACUGGCUCUUGUGGCAGGCUCAAGGCUUCAACUUUAGCCAUUUGAAGCUGAACGUGCUGUUUGCUGUGGGGACAGAAGGAGAGGUCAGCGAAUCCCUAGAAGUCAAUGCGCUGACCUGUGAUACUAUAGAGCAGGUGAAGGAAAAGAUUCUGCAGACCUUCCAGCGCAAGUUUGGAUUCCCAUACACUCAACAACUGCGAGAGAUCGACAUUGAAUAUGAGAAGGAAGGAAGGUAUGAGCCUUUAGAGGAAGUGGAUGGAAGCUCAGAGGUCCAAGGGGAGGUGACCAUGCUGAACACGCUGCAGCAUUACCAAAUCCCAGAUGGAGCCUGUAUUAAAGUAAUGACCAAAAGGCUCCAUGCCCCUCUCAGUCCACAGACAAGUGUAAAGGAUGAUCAGGACUUCUCUACAAAGUACUUCCACCUGAUUGACCCGGACAUCGACAGAGAUGAGAGAAACCACCCAGAGAGGAAAAAAUUGAAGCUCAAAGAGAUUUACCUCACUAAGCUGCUCUCAACCAAGGUGGCAGUGCACUCCUUUGUGGAGAACCUCUUCAGGAGUAUCUGGGGAAUGCCCAGCAACAGAGCUCCCUCAGCAGUGAAGUACUUCUUUGAUUUCCUGGAUGCACAAGCAGAGAAAAAAAAGAUCUCAGAUCCAGAUGUUCUCCACAUCUGGAAAACAAACAGCCUGCCGCUACGUUUCUGGGUGAACAUUCUGAAGAACCCCAACUUUGUCUUCAGUGACCUAGAGAAGACACCUCACCUAGAUAGCUGCCUGUCUGUCAUCGCACAAGCCUUCAUGGACUCCUUUUCCCUCACUGACCAACAACUGGGCAAGCACGCACCGACCAAUAAGCUGUUGUAUGCAAAAGACAUUCCUCUGUAUAAACAAGAAGUAAAGACGUACUACAAGCUGGUGAGGGAUCAAUCAUCUGUGAGCAGUCAAGAAUUCAAGAUGUUUCUGCAAGAUGAAUCAAAGAAACAUGAAAAUGAAUUCAAUGAAUCUGCUGCCCUUCGUGAGCUCUACAAGUACAUGCACCGCUAUUUUCCUGAGAUCAUCCAGAAACUGGAAGAGAAGGAUGCCUCAUCUAAACUGAAAGAGGAAAUGCAUCGCGUGAAGAACCUUUUUGAGGACAUGAAGAGAAGUGCAUGGACCUGAGCGUCUCUCUGCCUCUCUCCAAAGACAAAAUAUGACUCCACUGCCUUAAUUCUUACCUCUCCCUAGCUUUUUGAGCAGGUGUCCCAUCACUUGAGGAGACUCUUUGCAUGACAUAUUCUUCUCUCUGGCUUGUGUCCCAAGCAUGAAGAAUGACAAAGAGACUUGGGUGGGUGCUAAAUGUGCACUGCUCACAUAUUAGAACACAAAACCUGCAGACUGUGCAACGCUCCGCACAGAUCAAAUGAACAUCUUACGCUAAUGUUGGACCAUCUUCCAGUGUUGCAUGAUUAGGCUGGUCCAAGAUCGUUAUAGACAAAGGUUAACAUUAUAAUAAUGCAUUAUACUAACAUAAGCUAUUAUGCCACUCUGUUACCUCUUUUCUUUAAUGUUCCUUUAAUGACAUUUUCACAUGCCAAAACAUAACUGAACAAUAAUACAAUCAUAUGCAAUAUCUUUAGCCACACUGUUGUAAAGCAGUGGCUUUAAGAUAAUAUGCAGUGUAAGCUAUGCAUUGCCUGCUUCUAACACACUAAUGCUUCAGAUUGUUAUGCUGUGCUUUUUACAUGCUUUUUUUCAUGGGUUAAAACUGGACAGACUGUUAAUCUGUAGUUUUUUGGAACCACAGAGGGCUGUAAUGCUCAUAAAACGCUUCUGAAGUCAAGGCUCUUGACAAAGCAGAAAUAGACCUUGUGACAACUCUGAGCGGAUGCCAGCUGUCAACAGCGCUACAGGAAGUUCCUUAAAGAUACAAAGUGAUAAUCGUCUAAUCUCAAACAGUGCAUCAGUUAAUGAACUUCCAUAAAAAGUUUUAGUGAGUGAACCCAACACUGCCUCUGAGGAAACUGUAGAUUCAGAAUGUAUAAAUAGUAUGUUAAUGCUGUACUUUGUGAAAUUUUGAGAUUUUGUUUCUUUGAUUUGUUAUUUUAUUUUAUUUUUUAUUAUAUAUGGGAUGUUUGUUACAUGUUAGGAUUGUUUUACUGCAGUUUCUGUUGUUCUCAGUAGCAAAUAUUAAAAAAGAAAAAUGAGAGUAAUAAAUGUUGGUGUCUCUCAGCUGAAGACCCUUUUAGCCUCGAUACAGUGCUGCCCUCUGCUGGUCAAAUCAGUGAAAGCACACUAGGCACAAGCAGGAAAUAUUGCAAUGACAGUCCAUGAUGUUGAUUACAUCAGUGCCUGUGUGUCCUUUGCUCAGUGGUUUCCAGUUCUGGUCCUGGAGCACCCUGUCCUGAACAUUUUGGUGGCUCCCUUGUUGAGAAAGGGUUUGUUGGCCUAUGAGCUACACUGUGUAUACUUGUGCAGGAAAACGUCAAAAUAUACAGAAUGAGACUGCUCAAAGACUAAAGUUGGGAAAUACUGCCUUACAUGAAGUCAACAGCUUCAUGUUUCAGAUUGUAGCAAUACACCAUGCACCAGUAAUCAUUGAUUUGAGACUUACAGCGCUGAGGUCCUGUUUGGUGAUUUUCCUGUUUAAACACUCCUAGUAAACUAAAGUAAUAAACUGAUGAAAGCUCUAGA